UUAUAUUUAUUUAUUUAAAUUUUAAAAAUUAUUUAUUGCCACAAAAAAGUACAGACUUAAAUUAAAAUUCAAAAGAAGAAAAAAAAAAUAAGAGAAAUUAAUUUUAGAAUUUUUUUUUAUCUGAAGAUCACGAUGCCGAGUAGUAGACACUUUACUAGUUUAUUACUUAUUCUUUUUGCUAUUAUUGUUGAUCAACUGCAAAUACCUUUGGUAACAUGUCAAGAAGAGGAAGAUAUGCAAUGUUUGCCACGUAAAACAUUUCUAGCGUUUCUUCGGUUGCCGGAAGUCAGUUCAAACUUAGCAGCAUAUUCAAGAUCUGCGCGUAUAAUACAAGACGCGCGGAAUGAUUUCAUGCAUUUGAAGGCUUUGAGUUCGGAAGACACGAGCGACGACACUAAAAUAUGUUUUCCUGCUGAAGUUUACUACGAAAUCUUUAGUGAUCCGACAAUGCGCGCCCACUUGAGUGUAAUCGAGCGCGCACAGAGGAUGGUCGAAAAUCCGGAGCAUGAUGCGGUCAAUUUCGAAACGGAAAAAAGGAGCAUUGCAACCCUCGCUAAAAAUGAUGAUUUACCGGCUUCUAUACAAGAUCGUUAUCAAGGGGAAGAUGAUGAUGAAAAACGCAGUCAAUCAAGUAUGAGUCCUGAUGAAAUACUAAAAAUGUAUGUUGGACAUACACCUGAAGAAUUAGGAAAAAGUGCAGAAGACAUAAUAAAUGAAUAUACAUUACCAAAUGGUGAAAUAGACGUCGAAUCAUUGUCACGUGAUUUCCACAGUACUAAACGUAACGUCGCAGCAUUGGCUCGUGAUUAUGCAUUACCGUCAGGACGAAGAAACAGCGCAUCUGCAGAUUCUCAACAGUCAUCAUUACACGGUGAUAAACGUAACAUCGCAAUGCUCGCACGGGACAGAUUACUCCCAAAGGGUUAUAAACGUAACAUCGGCUCUCUCGGACGGGUGUACAUCGUACCUUCUUAUCAAGGCAAACGUAACAUCGCAGCUCUUGCUCGGGACUCAAUGCUACCUAUGGGCAAACGUUACCUCGGCGCUCUUGUUAAAUCCGGCGGGUAUCCUUACAUCUACAACAAAAGAAACAUCGCUUCAUUAGCAAGAAACGGAGUUUAUAAUUACGUUAAACGUAACAUUGGAACUUUAGCUCGCGAUUGGAACCUACCGCAAUCACGACACAGUCGCUCGUUGAAUGAGAAGGAGUUGGGAGCAGCGCGCAUUGAUUUAGAUAAUUUACAGCGAAUUGAUUCGACAAAACACAAUGACGAUCUUCAUGCUCAUAAUCAUGAUUUUGAUUUAAAUAAAUUUAGUAAAGGAUUCAAGUUAAAUAAAAAUAAAAACAGCAACAAAAGUAUUUUGGAAAGUGAAUUAGUUGAUGCUAAAAAUAAAUCACGCAGUAAGAGACAAAUUGAUUAUUCUGAAGAAUAUCCAUUACCUGUAAUGCAAAACGCCAAUGUAUUAGAUUAUGAUGAUUUUAUGGAAGCACUUAUUGCUGAUUAUCCAAUUGCCGAAAAAAGAUUUAUGGGAGCAGGUACUGCGACUUCAGAGCGGCACGAAAAUGGUGACGUCAAUGACGACGGGACAGACGACGAUAAAGCAAUAAAGCAGACGUUGAUGGGUUAUCAGGACGUGUAUCAACCAAGUAAGAGACAUAUCGGCGCUCUGGCACGUCUCGGUUGGCUACCAUCCUUCAGGGCAGCACGAUUUUCGCGCUCUCCGCGAUAUCUGGUCGGCAGGCAGGAUUCCCCAGAUGGGCCCACGUCCCACGACACCCCCGACCCGGCGACUAGGUCGUUAGACACGUGGAGAAGACCGAGAACCCGCUACAUGCAUCACCAAGAUCUACAUGGUAAUUGUCGAAAUGGUUACAGAAGACACUUAUCAUCAUCACCUACCGAUGACAAUUAUUUAAAUUAUGUACUUUAUCGCGCUUCCAUAAAUAAUAUUUAGACUUAUAAAUAUUAUUCUAUCAAUAUUUUUUUUUUAAUUGCUCAAUUUUUAUUUUCAAUUGCUCAAUACUUUCAUCAGGUUCUACUCUUUAUUUACUACCUCAUUAUUUAAAAUGUACAUACAUAAUAGUCUACACAGAAAAAAAAUAUAUCAAGUCAAGAAAAUAUUUUGGAAGAUAAACGUUUUUGGGAACUAAGUCAAGAUUUUUUUGAGCCGAGAAAAUUUGUCUUGGUCUUAAGAGGUUUCCACUUUAUACGAGAAAAUUGUUUGAAUCAAAGUAUUGGCUUUCAGUAGAGAAUUUUUUUUUUCUGUGCAGAUUUAUUAGAAAUUUGCGUCAAUUAAAAUUUCAAAAAUAUAACAAACGUAUUAUUGAUUAAUUAAUUUAUUUAAUUUUUGAAACUAUCGUAUAGUAUUCACUUGUCUGUAGACGGAAAUAAUUUAUUUUAUUAAGUAAAAAUGUAAUGGCACUGAGCGGGUUCUCUUUGAUGAAAAAUUUAAAUGAGUAUGAAAUGGUUGGAAAAAAUUUUUACAUGUACGUGGUUAACGAUAUAAUUAUAUUGAUAUAUUAGUAAAAUCUCUCAAAAAUUAUUAAAAUUUUAAAUAAUAAUUAUA